AUGACCAAACACACUGAUCAUAAAAAACGAAUAUCUAAAACACAGAAAGAUAUACAAUUUGCAAAUACUGCAAAGCUAAAGAUCUAUCUUGUGAUAAUAAAAUACCCUACUCAUUCUGUAAACUUAGUAAUAAAAUUUGUAAAAGAAUUUAUUGAAUAUCUGACAAAACCAAAGUAUCUCAGAAAAAUAUUUGACGCAAAAAUAAACCUAUUACAUAUAAUUGAAGAAGCAAAGUUAAUCUUUGAAUCUCUCAAAGAACAACACAACUUUGACAAACUUUACAAAGUACUUGAUAAUUUACAAGACACUUCUGACAAAGAAAAGUGCCACAACCAUAAACGAAAGUGUAUCAAACUAUUAUCAACAAACAUUAACGAUUGUGACAACUGUAUUGAAAGACAAAUACCUUGUAAAUAUAAACAAUACAAGAAAAGAGGACCUAAACCUGAAUACAAAUUAGACCUUAGUUAUCAUCAACGAUAUAUUCAACGAGUAGAAAAGAAAGCUCAACAAACAACUGAUAAUAUACAACAAAAACUAUUUAAAGAAUAUCUAGAAAGAUUAAAGAAAGAAAACCAAUUGUAA